AAAAAAGAAAUGAAAAUUUGAAAGUGUCGACAGAAAAAAAAAACGCUUGAAAGAGAAAGUAUCAGAAAUGUGAACCAUGUAAUGAGUCAUAAACAUAAGCCGUGACGUCAUACUAGAAACAGCUACGAGACGAGAGAGACCACCACUAUAAUAAAAGCAGCCGCGUCCUCGAGAAUCCGAAGAAUAAAAGAAGUAACGGAAUAUAUUGAACUCAUCAGAAGCUGAAUCGGAGAAGAAGAAUUAACGAUGACGGCGACGAACAAGCAGGUGGUAUUGAAAAACUACGUGAGUGGUUUCCCUAAGGAAUCCGAUUUCGAUUUCAAAACCACCACCGUCGAAUUUAAACUUCCGGGAGGGUCUAACUCAGUUCUGGUGAAGAAUCUCUACUUGUCAUGCGAUCCUUACAUGAGGAUUCGCAUGGGGAAACCUGAUCCUUCCACUGCUGCUCUUGCUCAAGCUUACGCUCCCGGCAAGCCAAUCUUUGGGUAUGGAGUGUCUAGAGUUAUAGAAUCUGGGCAUCCAGAUUACAAGAAAGGUGACUUACUCUGGGGGAUAGUUGGAUGGGAGGAGUAUAGUGUUAUUACUCCAAUGACUCACAUGCAUUUCAAGAUCCAACAUACCGAUAUUCCAUUAUCUUACUACACUGGACUUCUCGGUAUGCCUGGUAUGACUGCCUAUGCUGGGUUUUAUGAAGUUUGUUCUCCAAAGGAAGGAGAGACAGUUUAUGUGUCAGCUGCAUCUGGUGCUGUUGGUCAGCUUGUGGGACAAUUUGCUAAGAUGAUGGGCUGUUAUGUUGUUGGAAGCGCCGGAAGUACAGAGAAGGUUGAUCUUCUGAAGACCAAGUUUGGGUUUGAUGAUGCAUUUAACUACAAGGAAGAACCAGACCUUAGUGCUGCCCUCAAAAGGUUCAGUGAACUACUUAUUUCUAAGCGCUUGAUGUCUUUAACUGUUAGGAUCGGUUUACAUAAGAAAGCGGCAAUUCACAACUAAAGUAGAAACAAAAGAAAUUGAUCAAAGCAUGAACACCAUGAUCCAGAGCCGGCCUUGACAACAGGCUGGUCAAACCAAUGAGUAAUCUAAGGUUUAUCAACUGCUGUUUGACUAAUCUAAGAGACAUUCUCUCUCCUUUAUCUUUUGCAGGUGUUUCCCUACAGGCAUUGACAUAUACUUUGAAAACGUAGGAGGCAAAAUGCUAGACGCAGUGCUAUUAAACAUGAACCCACACGGACGUAUCGCUGUGUGUGGAAUGAUCUCACAGUACAAUCUUGAAAACCAAGAAGGUGUACACAACCUAUCCAACAUAAUCUACAAAAGAAUCCGCAUUCAAGGCUUUGCAGUGUUUGAUUUCUACGAGAAAUACUCAAAGUUCUUGGAUUUUGUGCUUCCGCACAUUAAAGAAGGGAAGAUCACGUACGUGGAAGAUGUAGCUGAUGGGCUUGAGAAAGGUCCUGAAGCUCUUGUGGGACUCUUCCAUGGUAAGAACGUUGGAAAACAAGUUGUUGUUAUUGCUCGUGAGUGAAUAUAUAUAUCUAUGGGAGUAAUGUUGUAUGUAUCCAAAAGAUUUUGUAUGGGUGUUCGAAUCCAAGCCUGAGGUUUUGGUUUAUAAAUACUAGAUUACUAGUAAUUCAAGUAAUUUUUUAAUAUGUAUCAAUUUGUUCGUUCGUUAUGGUUUUGAAUCAUUUUCUGUGUGACUUGUUUAUCAAAUUCAAAUGUAUCAAGGUAGUAACAAACAAUCUCAAACCCCUCUCACAAAUUCAAAAAUGUAAUUAAGUUAGUGUUGCUAUUUGUGCAACU